AUGAGUAUAGGCCAGAGUUCUAUCCGGUUACACGAGAUGCAGGAACAGAAAUCCAUGCAUUGGCCAGAAGUCUUCAAAACUGUCUUCGAAAUCAGCUUCUUCAUUGCUCAAACUCUCUUUAUUCUCAUUUACCAUCGACUAGGGGAAGAGGAGAUUCGAGGACUAUGCUUUGAAAGGAUUUUUGGUGUUCAAGCUGAGAUGGUAUUUCUUUAUCCUAAAGACCCUCUUCACUUGAGAAAGAUGCUUAGAGUUUAG